AUGGCAAGGCAGGCCAGAGAAGGAAAUUCAGAUAGCGAUGGAGAGAGCGACAAUGAGGUACUAAUCGAAGAAGAGGAUAUCAAGAAAGGAAAGGAAGCCUGCGCUAAAAGCCUCAUAGGCCGUGUGUUUGCGGAUAAAAAAUUUUCUGUUGGAACUAUAGAGAACGCCUUCAGAUCCAUAUGGAGUAGACCAGAAGGAUUCAGAGUCUCGGAUAGAGGAGGCAACAAUUUCCAAUUUUUCUUUGACAAUGACAAAGAUUUGAUGAAGAUUGAAAAAGGUUCUCCGUGGCUCUUUAAAGAUUAUGUCCUCCAUGUGAGGAGAUGGAAUAACUCUGAUCGAAGGGAGGAGAGGGAGAUGCAAGGCUUUCCGGUAUGGGCUCAAUUUUGGGGAUUGCCAGAAUGCUAUAAAACUAUAGAAGUUGGAAGGAAACUGGCUGAGAAAAUUGGUGGGGUUAUAGAGGUUGGCUUCUACGAAAUGAAGGGUGGAGAAUCCAGGAUAAUCAAGACCAGGGUGGAAAUGGAUGCAUCCAAAAAACUCAAAGAUCACGUCUGUGUGAUUGGCCCUAAUCAUCAGGCUGUUGAAAUUGGUGUGCGGUAUGAAAAGCUUGGGAGAUUCUGCACUUAUUGCGCAAGGUUAGGGCACGAGCCAAAGGGGUGUGAACUACUCGAUACAGAUUCAGUAAUGAAAUCAGUGCGGCAAGAUAAAAUUGGAGAUUGGAUAAAAGCUUACCAGAUGGGUAGGAGGAUUAACAACGAAUUCAAUGGUUAUAAUGUGCCUGGCGCUAACCUGAAUGACCAAGGGGACAAACCUAAGAAAAAACCUAUUCCUAGCUGGUUACUUAAUAGCCUCUCAGGUCUCUCUAUGAAAGAAACGGUAGGAGCAAAACUGGCCCCAGAGGUGAAUAGUUCUCACUCAAAAAGCGACUCGUUGUUGGAGACUUCAGAAGCAAACUUGGUAGACAUAACCUCAGCAAGUACCAAGGAACCACAAGAAGGAGUGCAAGGUCUUAUGGCUGUAGAAGAGGUUCAAAAUGUCGAUCAAUCUUAUUCACCAAGAAAGGAGUGA